CGAUCACACCUCAAGAACCAAUCAAUCACCAACAGCAAGACCACCAUCAACUCACAAGUCACAACAAUCCAUCAGACCAUGGCAUCGCAGUCGCACCAGCAGCAGCAGCCCCAGCAGUCGGUAGGCUUCGAGGACUACCUUCCGGUGAUGGCGGAGCGGCUGGGCGAGGAGGGCCUGAUGCAGGAACUUUCCUCCGGGUUCCGCCUGCUGCAGGACCCCGCGCUGGGCCUCAUCACCUUCGCCAGCCUCCGCCGCAACGCGCCGCUGCUGGGCCUGGGCGGCAUGUCCGACGACGACCUCCGCGGGAUGCUCGCCGAGGGCGACUUCGACGGCGACGGCGCGCUGAGCGAGAUGGAGUUCUGCGUUCUGAUGGUCCGGCUCAGCCCCGAGCUCAUGGACGAGCCCCGGAGGUGGCUCGACGACGCCGUCGCGCAGGCCUCGCAGUUCCUCUUCACCAGCUAGAGGAGGAGCACUAGUAGUAGAGAUUGCUCUUCUUUUUCACUACGAUUCUUCUGUCCGUUGUUCAUAGUCAGGAUUUAUUCACGAAGGCAGGCAGGCAGUGUCGAUUGGACCACGGAAUUCCACUUGUACUCAUCUCCCCGGUCGUUUCCCGCGGGAAAUCUCUCUCUGAUUAAAUCGACAUAAGCUUGUGCGGUUUCACUA